GGAAUUUCGGACGCGGUCUUAAUGAAACUAUCGCCUCAGCAUGUCUUUCGCAGCCAGAUUGAUUAGUCUGUUUCCAGCUAAGUCCCAUCCUUGGUCACUGACGAGCCUUAGUCCGAAGACAUGCCGGUACUAUUCCAAGGGGUUCAUACAGAGCUUGAUUGAGAAAGUUAGGGAAGAAUCGAACAAGGACACUGAGUUGAAAGAAAAUAUAAGGAAGUUUCGGGAAGAAACUGCCAAGCUAGAGCAAUCAAAGGAACUGAAGUCUGUCAGGGAAUUUUAUAAAAAGAUAGAAAAAGAACUACCUACUGACACCGUUGGAAAAGUAAGGGAUACGAUACAGUCCGUCAAAAGUAAAAUCCGCGACGAUGCUCAGCAACUUUCUCAGAACGAAACGCUGAGAAAAAGUAUUGAAAGUUUAUCAAAAGCCGGGGAGCAGGUUCUCGAUGCCACUAAAUCAUUGAGUGACACGGAGUUCGUCAAAGCGGCCAUGAAAGGUGUUGAAGUAGUCGAACAGGAGCUGCACUCGGACAGAUCUCGAAUGUAUCAAGCCCCAAGUGUUCUAAAGACACGGAGUGAAAUUGCUGGCAAAAGUGAAGAAAGGAUCAUACAACCUGACAGUGAAACUGUUGGUGUUGUUGUACACAAAAAUCCAAAAUGGUCUGCUGCAUGGCAAAGCUUUAAGGAAAAUAAUCAGUAUGUUCAAAGAUUUUUUGACCUGAAAGCCCAUUAUGAAGAAAGUGAUCAUUUGGUUAUUCGAUCAUUGCGAUUUGUGACUGACAGAGUAUCCAACCUAUUCGGUGGUCUUCAAUCGACAAAUGAAUUACAACAAGUAUUGGAUGAAAUCACAAAAAUGGAUCCAUCCUUCAACUUAGAAACUUUCAUUCGUCACUGUCGAUUCGUUAUCAUUCCAAACGUGCUUGAGGCUAUAGUCAGAGUGGAUCUGAAUAUUCUCAGGGAUUGGUGCCUUGAAGCGCCAUACAAUGUCCUAGCAACACCAUUAAAACAGAUCAAAGAACUUGGAUACAUUUCUGAAUCACGUAUACUGGAUAUACACAAUGUUGAUGUUCAAAUGGGUAAAAUGAUGGAGCAGGGACCUGUGUUGGUUAUAACAUUCCAAGCUCAACAAAUAAACUGUAUUCGUGAUAAAAGUGGAACUGUACGUGAUGGUGAUCCGCACAAGGUACUGCGUGUAACGCAUGUUUGGGCUUUAUGUCGUGAUCAAAGUGAACUGAACCCGUUAGCCGCCUGGCGUCUACUAGACGUUGCUAUGAUCCCAUCACAACAAUGGGUUUGACAUUAACUCUAUACCAUCACUACAUAUUGUAUAUUUCAAAUUAACGAUUUGUAGAAUAUCUUGUUUCUCAUUUCCAGACACUGGUAUUUGUGUACAGUUAAACUAUUUACCGUUUAGUUGAAUACUUUCGAUUGGAUGCUUAGUUACACUCGACAUUUAUGCGCACAAUUGCAUUCUCCUAUUAAAUUCAGAUGAUUUCUUCCGACGAAAGCAUUUAUGUUCAAAACUUCCAGUAGAUUUUAGUCAUAUGAUGAGCAAAAUCUGUUGAUGAAGGUAAUUUCCGUUCCUUACCAUUGCGCUGUGUUAUAUUCUUCCUUCGCUUUCUGCCUUUACACAGUAAAGUACGUCCUCUUGUAUCGAGUUGCUGUCUUAUGUUGUAUGUAUGUAAAAAAAAUGCUUUUUCUUGGAAAUAUUUUGUGAGAAUUUUAAAUUCUCAUACCUACUUUUUUCAUAGUGAACAAAAACGUGCAUUCUAUGUACAUGAUUUGAGAACUACACCCCGUAGGAGUAUGGAGACCGUAUAGACCUUAGUAACAACUAAUGUCAAUCAAUUACAC